UCCUCUAACUGUCAACCGUGGUGCAAGAAAAUUCUACGUAAUUACACGUUUUCUUCUCUCGACUAAGUAUAAGUCCACAUUAUAUUUUCACUAUAUUUUUUUUGUGUGUGUUUUUUCUUUGAAAAUUUUUUCGAUAAAAUUUUGCAAUAAAGAAUUGGAAAUGGAGCCAACACAAAACGUGCUAAAACAGGAAUUGGAUGACAUAAACUUAAAAAUGUUUCGCUUAAGAGUUUCGAACGAAGAGUUGAAAGAUAAAAAUGACCGCCUGACGGCUGAAAAUUAUAAAUUGAUUCGUGAAAAUGCCGAACUCAAAAAUCGUCUUGAACAAGUAAAAUCGCUUGCAGCAAAUAUCACGAAGAAUGCAUGUGAUUUACAAAAAUUGGUCACCGAACUAUUGCCGUCGCAACAAUUAUCACUGGAAUUGGCAGCAAAAUUUGCAUCAAAGUCACCAUUGGAUUUGGCAACCGUGCCGAGACGAUCGACUAGCAUAUUGGUGCCGGCAAUUGGGGGUCAAGCCAAAGGAACAACAGUUUCGGAACUCAAGUUGACGAGCAUUUUGAAAAAAUCAAGCGGCGGCAUGAAACAAGAUCAAACAAAACUAACGGUAUCAUCACAGCCUACUGUAUUGCCAUCACCGAUAAUGAUGAAAAGUCCAAUCCAAGGACAGCGUUCAGGUGGCGUUAUGCCACAACCAAUGAUUCCAACGGCAUCAUUCAAGCCGGUCAGUACCAACAUUGUAAACCAAACAGGAAUUUCGCAAUUUGGCCGAUCAUCACAGCAGGCAUUGGGGUCAACAAUUCAAUCAAGGGUGGUCGAAGCAUUAAAUUCAAAAUGGGCCAAUGCAGCAUCAACCUCUUUUAAACCAACACCGAUUGAAGCAGCCAAGCGAGCACCAUUGAAACACAUCGAUUUUACACCACAACAGGUGUUGCAUGUCAAGCAAAAUGACGAUGGUUUAACACUGGUUACACACGGUGCUGCAAUGCCAUCGAAAGUGGCUCCGCCUGAAUCAUCAAAGAAUGCUGCACCAAUUGGUUUGAAAAAAGUCCAACCGAAACCAGACACCAAAGUGGUUGAUGCUCCCCUUACGACCAAAAAUGAUUCUGGAACUUGGAAAUCUGAUACAAAUAUUGGCGGUAAAUUGAUUACACUCGGUGGUGCAAUGCCAUCGAAAGUGGCUCCGGCUGAAGCAUCAAAGAAUGCUGCACCAGUUGACUUGAAGAAAGUCCAACCGAAACCAGACACCAAAGUGGUUGAUGCUCCCGUUCCGACCAAAAACGAUUCUGGCACUUGCAAAUCCGAUACGAAUGUGGUGCGAAAAAAGCCAAUGUUGCAAAGUCCGGUCGUUACGCUUCAUCGUGACAAUUUGGAACAACUCAAAGAAAAUUCUCUAGUAAAAAUGCCGAAGGAUGUCAAAAUCAAAGCCGAACCAACGGUACCGGCAGCAGCAAGUGCUCCAAAAGGAAAACGUAAGAAUGUAUCGUUGAUCGAUAUGCCGAAUGACAAUCCAAAGCAAAUGCGGGUUACACGAUCAAGUGCCGUUAGCGAUAGAGCAUCUCUACCCAUUCUGACUCCACGUAAAAGCCAAGACGAUGGCAAGAAAAAGAAGUCCACCGAAGACAAGGUAGCUGUGAAACAAGAGCCCGGACCAGAAAAAAACAGAAUUGAUCGCCGUACCAAAUCGAAUACAGCAAAAGACACCAAAAAAAUUUCGAAACGUCGACAAACCCAUCUCACAUAAGCUCCACAUUCGAUUUGACCAAGAUUUUUUUCGAUGAACAAAAAACAGUUCAUCAAAGAAAAACAACUUUUGAUUAAGAAAAAACCAAUAUUAUUACAUUUCGCUUAUAUAUCAAAUCCGCAUUGACCCUUUCGAAAAUUUCCGUAAAUUGAUUUGUUU